AUGGAUGAUCCGGGAAAUGCAGAAGAGCAGGCCUCUGGAGCAGCUGAACAGAGAGGAAGGAGCGACUCUUUGGAGGCGCAGCUAAAGGCCCGCAGUUACACUGUCCUCCUCUCGCGGCUGGCAACAAUGUUGAUGCUGACCCUGUUUGUCGGCGCCGCGACCCUGCUCACCUUCUUCUUCACCAAGGCGGCCUCGGUCGAGACGAUCGACAUUCUGGGGGGAUCCCUCCGGCGCGACCUCCUCGGACGCACUGCGGACCAGCUGCGGACGCUGCUCAACGAACAGGCGCGCUGCUCCCGCCAGCUCAGCGACGCUGUCUGGCGCGCGUGGGACUUCAACGAAACGCUCACGGGGCCGGCACCUCCGUCGCUGGAAUUUCAUCAAACACUGGCGGGGCCGGCACCUCCGUCGGUAAGCGUUCAAUUUGUUCUUUUUUCUUCCCUUUUGUCCGUCAGCAAUGCCGUCCGAUGCGCGUGGGACUUGAACGAACCGCUCACGGGUCCGGCACUGUUGUCGGUAACGGACGAGACGAUCGACUACUUCCUCCACUACGCUGACGUCAUCUCCGCGGCCGGCUUCUGCACCCCCGACGGCGUCACCUCCAACGCGUACAACCGGCUCGCGAUCCCCGGGCUCCCCCCCCCUUCUGACGCCAUCCUCACUCUCCUCUACUCGAACCAAACCGUCCCCGCUGACGUCUCCCCCCCGGUGUACGGCCGCGCCGUCGACCGGACAACGCGGGCGACGGUCCGGGUGCCCCUCCGGUUGAACUUCAUGAAGGUCGACUGCCGGAAAUCCGCGUAUUAUGUCCUCGGAACGAAGUCGCCGACCGGGAAAGUGAUCGGGAUUCUGCCGGGCGUUGGAGACCCCGCGCCGAACGUGAUGCAGAUGAACCAGAUCGGGUUCUCGCCGGGGGGAUCCCCCCAGGUUUCCCGGGGCAUCGCCGGGUGCGUCGUCUCCCUGAAAAAGGUCGGGGAGUACCUGGCGGAGUUAGAACUAGAGGGCGGGAUCAUUUUCGUCACCAACGGGACGGUUCUUCUCGCGUCCUCGGUUGGUUACACCGGGCAGAACUUGAGCAGCACCGGUAACGAGCUGCUGUUGCCCGCCCAGUCUAGUCACCCGGUGAUCCGGGCAACCGACAAGUUUCUGCGCGCGCAAGAGGGGGUCGGCGUCGACAUGGACGCUGACGUCACGCUCCUGGGCGUGCGGUCCUUCGUGACGAAGCGUGACGUCAGCUUCGAGGGGUUCAACAUGACGGUGGUCUUGGUGCUGCCCCGGAAGGCGAUCAUGAGCCGAAUCGACGCGAAGGCGCGGGUUACGAUAAUGACGAUCGCGGUUAGCGCGGCUGGGAUCGGUGUGGUGGGCUGUUUCUUGGUGGUUCUGCUAACCAAACCGGUUAGCGAGGAGAUCCGGCUGAAGCACGAGCUGAUCCGGCAGCUGGAGGCCAAGAAGCGGGCGGAAGAGCGGAAUGAGACCAAAAGCAGGUUCCUUGCGAACAUGAGCCACGAGCUUCGGAGCCCGCUCGCGAGCAUUCUCGGGCUGCUGGACCUGCUGCUGGACGACGGCCUGACGCCCCCGCAGCACAACAGCGCGCUCCAAAUGCGCGAGUGCGCGGCGGGCCUACUCGGACUGCUCAACGACAUUCUAGAUUUCUCCAAGAUCGAAGCGGGCAAGGUGUCGCUGGAGGCGAUGGAGUUCGACGCCGUCAGCUUGAUGGAAAACCUGAUUGAGAUGAUGAGCGUGCACAGCGCGCGCAAGGGCAUCGAACUUGUUCUGGACGCGCCGGAGGACAUUGGGCCUGUGCUGUACGGGGAUCCCUCCCGGUUCCGUCAGGUCUUCACCAAUCUGCUCAACAAUGCCAUCAAGUUUACCAAGGAGGGAUUCGUCAUCUUGAGGUGCCGGACGGCCGACGAGAAGGGCUGGCUGGUCUUCGACGUCGAAGACAGCGGCUGCGGCAUCCCCCCCGAGCGCGCCGCGUCCGUCUUCGAGGCGUUCGUGCAGGCCGACCCGAGCACCACCCGGUUGUACGGCGGAACCGGGUUAGGCCUAACCAUCGUUAAGUCGCUGGUGCACCUCAUGGGCGGGACCGUAACCAUCGAGCCUAAACCCAGCCCUGGGACAAUCUUCCGGGUGCGCCUGCCCAUGCGAAAAUCCUCCCGGGAGCACUCGCCGGGCGCCGCAACAGAACACUUUCCGCGCGCGCGGCCGCCGGGGAUCCCUCCGAUCAUCAAACAGCUGGUUAUGCCAAACCUAGAGAACGUGAAACCGCCGCCUGACCCCGGAGACCAAGAAGCGCCGCGGUCUUCUGGGGGGCUUUUGUCGCCAACUAGAGCGGAACAGCCUGCAUGGCUGCAACGGCUGAAGACCAUCCGGAAGGCGCACUCCGAGACCGCGCGCGCGCGCUCGCUGAGUUCGACGAAACUUGAAGACCGCCGGCGCACGUUCCCCGGCGCGGCCGCGAAUGGCAACCCUCACGCGCUCGUGCGCGCGUCGAGCAACCUGAUCGCGGGGCUGGGUGAAACCUCGGCACCGCGCGCGCGCCGCCGCGCGCUGCUCGCGAUGGGCGGCGCGAUGGGGCGCGCUGUCGCGGCGCGCUUCCUCGGGGGCCAGGGUUUGGAAGUGGUGUGCGCGGCCGAUUGGGGCGCGGCUCUGGAGCGCGUUUCGCGCGCGCGCGCCCGUGUGGUUCGUGAGAACGGAGACGGAGACCCACUGCUGGUUUCGCCCGGGUUCGUUGACGGCGGGUCCAUUUCUGGGGACGAGAACCGGACGGCAUCCCGGAACGGAACGACCCCGGGUUUCGAUCUGGUGUUUUUGGACGUCGGUUUGCUGACGGUAGAGGCUACCGAUCCGGACGCUUUCGGGCAGCGGUUGAGAGCGGUCCGGGAGAGUUUGGACGGAUCAAGCAACAAUCAACGGUCAAAAAUGACAGCUGUUCUACAGUCAGAACAAGGAGGAAAGGCCGCAACAAGUCCUGGGCUCAGAUGGCCUGGGAGCGGAACGGCCGGGAGCGGAUCAACCGGGAGCGGAACAACCCGGAGCGGAAGAACCGGGCAGUUUGCUGGGCCCCAUGUCGUGUGGCUGGUCGGGAACGAGGUCCCCGCGGCCGCGCGCCGGCUCCUGCACGAGGAAGGCUUUGGCAGGGUUUUGCAGAAGCCGGUGUUUGUCUCCCGGCUGCGCGCGCUGCUCACCGAGCUCAGCGCCGCCCGGCAGGAGGAGUCAGGGGAUCCCCCCCGGUCACAGUCGUCCGCUCGGAAACCGAACGGAAUCGCCAUCGAAAACGGCGAGCGGGCGUCACUCCCGCACAUCCCGGAGUGCCCCGAGUGUGAAAAGGCCGCGGAAGACCAAUCGGUCACUCCACCGUCCCUGGUAGCUCUUCCCCCGGGCGCUUUGGCCCCGGUAGCUAAUUCACCGGGCACUCAGGAAGCAAUCAAUGAGCAGUUCAAAAGAGCGGGUUACCGGGCACUCGUUGCGGAGGACAGCCCGGUUUUGCGACAGCUGGCACAGAGGGUUUUGGAAAAGAUGGGCGCGCGCGUGGUGACGGUGGAGAAUGGGCGGCAGGCGGUGGAAGCCGUUCUGGCGGCGAACCUGGGCGGAAUGCCGGCGGAAUCUGGGGAGGGGCGGACGGAAGAAGGACGGAGUGUGGAGGACGGAACGGCCCAAGGACGCGCGGAAGCGGAGCCGUUUGACUUCGUGUUGAUGGAUUGCCAGAUGCCCGUGAUGGACGGCUACGCGGCCUCGCGCCUGAUCCGCGCCGCAGAGCGCGCCCGCGCGCCCGAAGGAGCGCCAGCGCGGCCGCGGCUCCUGAUCCUGGCGCUGACCGCGCACGCGAUGUCGGAGGACGAGGCGCGGUGCCUCGAGGCGGGAAUGGAUCUGUACCUCACGAAACCGCUCCAGGUGGCAAAGCUGGCUGACGUCAUCGUGGAUCACAUGGGCCGGAGAAAAUGA